AUGGCCGCAAUUGCUCCAAUGGAAAUGCCUGGCCCCGCCGCCAAUGUCAUCCCGCUGCAGUGCUUGAUCUGCCCCAAGAAGCCCACCUUUUCGGACCUCUCGCACCUCUUGACGCACAUCGCUUCCAAGAGCCACUUGUCCCAGAAAUUCAAAGUUGGCUUGCGACCUGACCCCGAGUCCAAGGCCGAUACUGCCGCCUACCUCGACUGGGAGGCUCGCUAUGGCAUCAAUGAUCUCCUGGCCGAGCGCUUGGCUAGUAAAGAGAAGAAGACUACUGGCAAGAAGAGAGCCCGGAACUUUGCUUCCGCCUCUGGGCCUCGAGACCGCCCUCAUGAUGAUGACACUGCUCUGAUGAUGGAUAGUAUCAAGAUCGAGCCUGAUGAGAUUCUUCACGCCCAAGCUAUAUACGGUUGGUCCUCUUCUUCAACACGUCAGGGGUACUUCGACAAUUCCGGCUUCCAGACCCCUACCACUCGUCGUUCUCGAGACAGCGCCACGCUUCCCAGCACCCCUCAGCAGCAGCACAGCAUGAUUUUGAGAAGACGCCGCUUCCCAUCUGAGUCAACUGCUGUGAGUGGGACGACAUCUGAACUCCUGUCCGAGAGCACCGAAAUGCCCGAAGACACCAAUGAGGGCGACAAUGCCACUAAGCUCAAGGGUAUUGUGUAUGAGGGAAUGGGGCUCUUUGAUUCUGCCACGACUCCGCAGAAGAAGAAGCGGAACCAGCGCAAAGACGCAUCUGUUUUGGUGAAGAUGCAGCAAACGUCGAGAGAUAUCACAUCCGUGGAGACAGUCUACGAGCUGACCGAGGAGGGUCUCAAGCGUUUGCGCGAGCGAGAUGUAUAUGACAGCCCUUCCAUUGAUGGCAGUCAGGUAUGUUGGCGGUUGUCAUUCCAUCCCAUUUUAGGCCAAAGAUCAAUACUAAUACGACCCCCAGGAUGA